AUGCGGCCCCGCUCCGUCCGCGCCGCCGUCCGCGCCGCCCUGGCCUGCGCUCUCCUCGGUGCCCUCCUGGCCACGGAGCUGAGUCCGCAGGAGCGUCUGCUGCUGAAAUCGCUGGGUCUGAGCGCCAAGCCCAGCCCCAAACGCCCCGGGCCGGUGCCGUCCGUGCUCUGGAGGAUCUUCCAGAGGAGAAGGACGGCCCCUUCGAGCAGCGGCGGCCCGGAGGACGCGUGUAGGGUGGAGGAAUUCAAUGUCCCUGGCAACAUCAUCCGCGUCUUCGCUGACCAAGGGCACUUUGUUCCCCGCGCGCCCGAGCUCUGCCUGCAGAAGCAGCUCUUCUUCAACCUCUCCGCGCUGGAGGAGGGCGAGCGCUUGACCAUGGCGCAGCUGGAGCUGCGUUUUGACUUCCAGCUCUUUCUCAAGCCAGCAUUGAUGGCACAGCCGCGUCUACUACCUGACAAAUAG